UUGAAAGGUUGCGUCGGUUUUAGCGUCGGCAUUUUCUUUCGGAAUACUCGACGUGCACUUAUUUCACGGACGAUCCGGGAAUUACCUCCAGGAACGAAUGCUGUUUUGGAACAUACCGUUAACAGUGAUUUCGAGGAGAGCUUUUGUUCUCUGCAUUACCCCGGUUCUCGUGUUCUUCCUCGGAGGCUUACUAAAUGUUGCUGAAUGUGCCAUACUUGGCGCAAGCGUCAUGGCAAUUUCUUCAAUCCUGGGUUUUCUCGCCAGCCUCGUCCGUGGACGCCGUGUGAUCUCGAGAAUGUUGUUCAUCUUCGACAUGUUCUUUACGUCAUUGGGAGAGAGUCUUUGCUGGAAUUCGUUGUUGGUUCUCGGUUCGUCUCAGUUUCAAAGAUCCAUCCAGGCCAGGAAUUUCGGCGAAGGCCGAGUCCGAUACGCGGAAUACAAACUGUUCCGUUUCCUCGUAGUUUGCCACGUGAUGCGUUUCCUGCCAUCAACUUUAACUAUGUUUUUCAAUAUCGACACAAUGUACGAUGAAGAAUGUUUCGAACAUAAAACGUGCUAUUUCGCUUCAGUGUUCUCAAGAAUUGCUGCAAGUGUUACUCCAGCCGUGCUUUUGUUCCUCAAUCGCAGCAAGUAUCUGAUUCCGAGGACAGCGGGACUCCUGUACUUCUGCAGUUUGGUGCGCUGUGCUGGGAACGGAAUGAGGCGAGCAAUUUUGCACGGCCACUCGGAGUAUCUCCAUUGGGUGGAAGGAGCUCGUCAUUACGGACACACGGAAAACGAUGUGCAACAAACGGAAGUUUUCCUGGGUGUAAUUCCGCUCCUGAUUCCCCUGUCGUUCGCCAUUCUGAUUUAUCCCGCAGAAACCACUUGGCUCAGCGACUACUUGGCCAUGAACGGGACCGUCAACCAGGACUUCGUGGUGACGCAGGAACGGACACAUUCCGUCACCGCAGUUCCCUUCGUCGUCCUGUCAGUCAUCUCCAUAUUCCUGUUUGUGCCCCUCCUUCGCACUUCUCGAAAAAUGGUCCUUCCCCUGCGACAAAUAUCACUGGUCCUCGUGCUUGCAUUACUGGCUCACGGAUUCUCCGUCUAUCUCGGGUACUCGGUAGUGCAAUCCCUUAGUGAAAGAGAAAUUCCGGACGAUAGCAUUAGAUUAUACAUUAUCAACGAUCUGGACUGCUACAGCUACAUACAGAUCAUGGAGAUGGAAGACAAUCGAACAAUAAUCCCGAUCGAGACCGAAGUCGCCGAUUUUUUAAUGUUGGACUCGAAUAACCGACUUGAAAUCGAGCUCCACCUAAAACCAUGCGAAAUGCGUCCCUUUGAUCUGGAAGCAGAACUCAAGGAAAAGACUUUUGGUGCUCGAGUCAUGAUUGGUACUUGUCCAAAUACUUUCGCGAGAAUGACCACAGCUGCUGUUGGAACUACUCCGUGGAUACGGUUCCGUUUCGGCGAAUUUCUAGCAAACGAGCGUGACAGCUCGUGUGAGACGGAUUUUCUCCAGAACCCGGGCCUUAGAGUCAUACACAAUUUCCGAUGGCCUAGCAGCUCUCAUGUGUCUACUGUGGCACCCAAAGAGAUUAUUCUGAUCCGGUUCUUCCAGCAUGUUGCCUCGGAUUUCGAACAGAUUCUCUGGGGCUCCAGGAAUCAUACGGAUAGAUUUCAUUCUUUGAAGCCUGGGCAGUUUAUGUUAGAUUUCGAAGGUUUACUUGAGGAAACUAUGGUUGGUUUGUAUCACGGGGGAUCGUACGAUAUGAUGAUCCGACGAUUGGACGGGGACGACGAAAAGUACCGAGUGCAGUUGCACACACUCGUCAAGCCGAAUUCACUUUCCAUCAUGUGGUCGUUUUUGCAAAGGAUAUUUUUUGCUGCUUGCAUCGCUUUGUAUUUUCCGAUGGUUUGCGAGUUCGCCAUGACCGAGUUCCCGGACGCACUUCAUGCCAUGGCUGUUGCUUUGGUUCACGCAGCGGUCGGAGUCAACUGUUUCGUUUACUUCGUAUUCCUGAGUGUUUCAAACCCUGCUCAUGACAGACUGGAUGAUUGGUACGCUGUAAUUCUUAUCAUCAUCAACGCUGUUGCGGUGCUCCUCUUUAUUUUUGCGAGCAAGCAUUACAUGUACUAUGCCGAGAGAAAAGUUGCUGAGUUGUAUGCGAAGAUUUGACGUUGCUGUUUUUGUUGUCAACGUGAAUUGGGAGGACGUCCGAUUCGAUCAUUCUUCCGUGAUAUUUUUUUACUCGAUUGCUUUCUUUUCAAUGACUGUAACUAUGAUCUGUGAUAAAAUUUUUCAACCCGACGUCAAUUCA